AUGUGUCAAACGGUAUUCGUCCAGGGCGCGGCCGCGACUCCGGUGCCCUUACUGGACGCCAUGACAGAUGUCGGCAUAAGUGGCGGGAUGAAAGGCAUCAAAGUUGUCCACAUGCACACGGAAAAGGAGGCGCGAUAUGUCGCCCCUGAAUGCAAAGAUAUCUUUAGAUCUGUGUCGCUGUUCAUGGCCGCCAACGUUCGCAAGUCAGUGGCCGAGGGUCGAUCAGACGCCAUCCCCAUAUUCCUGCAAGACAUUCCAAAACUGUUCCACAGGAAAAUUAUCCAGCCCGACAUUGCUGUUAUCCAGGUUUCUCCCCCUGACGCGCACGGCUACUGCAGCUUGGGAACCUCAGUGGACUGCGUUAGGGCGGCGCUGGUCAACUCCAAAGUCAUCAUCGCUCAAGUAAACGCACACAUGCCUCGUACGUUUGGAGAUGCGAUUAUCCACAUGUCCCACAUCGACACGGCCGUGGAAGACAACACGCCGCUGCCGGAACACGGCGGCAAACCCGCCAGCCCUGAGGAAAUGCAAAUCGGCAAGCUCAUUGGACAGAAUCUCGUCGAAGAUGGAGCUACUUUGCAGAUGGGUAUUGGAAGCAUUCCGGACGCUGUACUAUCAGCUCUGAAGGACCACAAGGACCUCGGCGUCCAUUCUGAGAUGUUCAGCGUCGGGGUCAUCGACCUUGUAAGGCGCGGUUGCAUUACUAACAAUAAGAAAAAGACACACAGAGGCCGUAUGGUGGGCAGUUUCCUUGUUGGAAACAAAGAACUCUACGACUUCGUUGACAACAAUCCCUUUAUUGAAAUGUUGGAGAUCGACUAUGUGAACAACACCCACAUCAUUUCGCUGUUGCCCAAGAUGACUGCCAUCAACUCCUGCAUCGAAGUCGACCUUACCGGACAAGUUUGUGCCGACUCUAUCGGUACACGCAUGUUCUCCGGUUUCGGAGGUCAAGUGGACUUCAUCCGCGGUGCAGCGGAGUCCGUUGACGGACGUGGCAAACCCAUCAUCGCCCUCGUGUCUGUCACCAAGAAGGGAGAAUCCAAGAUUGUUCCAACACUCAAAGUCGGUGCUGGUGUAGUAACAAGCCGUGCCCACGUUAACUAUGUCGUCACCGAGCAAGGCAUCGCAGAGUUAUUCGGCAAGUCCCUAAGGCAGAGAGCCUAUGAACUGAUCAAGGUCGCGCACCCUGAUCAUCGCGAAGCUCUAGAAAAAGCGGCGUUUGAACGCCUCAAAUGCAUGCCUUCACCUUAAAAAGAAAAAAAAAAUGCAAAUGGCGGA